CUCAGUCUCAAAUCAUCGACAGACGCCAAAAUACAGAACUUGGAGUCCUUGCAAGUCUUGAACUCUUUUUAUUCUUCUUUAGAUGUUUCUUCAGACGUGUUGAUCAGUUUAUUGAGCUGCUGACUGAGCGUCUGUUAAUGAAGAGAUGAACACUGUAGAGAAAACGAUUCUUUUCUCUUUUCUGCUACAAGGUGUUUGCUGUAGAGAUUUCAGCAUCAGUCUGCCGGAGAAGAUUGAAGCUCUCAGUGGAUCAUGUGUGAUCAUAAAGUGCACAUUUGAGAUUGAGGCCAAAUAUGACACAAACCUCACUGAGAGUGAUGCUACAGGAUUGUGGCUCAAAGAUGAAACUGAUGUGAAUAUCAAUCUAGUGUUUAACUCCAGAGAUCCCAAACAUAAUCCCUUUAAAGGGAAAAUAACUGGAAAACUACAUGAGAAGAACUGCACCACUGUCUUUUAUAAUGUUAGUUCAAAUCAUAAUGGUAAAUAUUACUUCAGGAUUGAGAGUGGUGCUCUGAAAUACACCUACACUGAAAAAAACAAAAAAAAAUUCUCCACUAUAAAUGUCAUUGAGUCUCCUCCCAAACGAACAGUGAAGCUGUAUGUGGAGCAGAAGGAGGUUCAGGAUCAGGAGGAGGUGUUGGAGGGGAGCUCUGUGAGUCUGCGCUGCUCUGCUGAGACUCUCUGCUCCUCUCCUCCACCAACUCUCACAUGGAGCUCCACUCCCAGAAUCCCCCUCAAUGAGAGCAGCAGACAACAGGAGCUCAUCUCUGAUCUGAACUUCACUGCUGCUCACCGUCACCACAGAGUCACUUUCACCUGCACUAUAACCUACCAGAUACUGGACAAGAACAAAACAGCACAGGACAGCAUCACAUUACAUGUUCAGUAUGCCCCUAAAAUCUCUCCCUCCUCCAGUUGUAACAGAACUGAUGUAACUGAGUGUUUCUGUGAGGUUGAUGGGAAUCCCUCUCCUGAACUGGAGUGGCAUCUGUCUGGACGUCCUGUCACUAACUCUUCAGACACGUUCAUUAGUGAAGAGCGAUUGAGCAGCACAGUCUUGAGGAGCUCCAUCACUCUACAUCAGUCACUCACACACACAUCUCUGCAGUGUGUCGGCAACAACACUCAUGGCACUGAAAGAAAACUGUUUCAAUUGCUUCCCUCUGUUUCACAUUCAAAUCAUUCCUCUGUGAUGAUUGGAGUUGCUGUUGCAGCUGUGCUGGUCAUUAUGUUCUGUGUCAUUACAUGGAUCUGUGUACGAUUGUCCACCAAGUGGAAGGCUCAGAAUGAGGCAGCAGACACAUAUGCUUCUCUUCAGCUCUCUGCUCCACCCUCUGAAUAUGAAACUUUGAACAUUAAGAGAGAUGACACACAAUAAACAACAAAUACACAUUUUAUCACACACACACACACACA